AUGUUGUUCUUCUUGUUAUUACUGCCAUUUUAUAAUUGUAAUUAUUUUUCUUAGGUUUAUACCUACUUUGAUUAAAUUGAAAAGUUAAAAUAAGUAAGUUCAAUAUUGUUAAAUGGAUAACCUUGUAAUUUAGAAGCUUUAAAUGCUUGUACAUUAAAAUUAUACAUGUUCAAUCAAGAUCCUUAUACCAUUAGCAAUUUAGGUUAUUUUCAUUUAUUUGGAUUCCCAGAAAACAAGGGAGAUGAAUUUUUAGAAUUUUGUAAAGAAUUUGGAGGUUUUUCAGUGCCUCUAUUGAAAUAAAAUGAAAGUUUGGCUUAAAAAUAUUUAUCAUAAAGUAAGAGACCAGAAACAUAAGUAUAUCUGUCUUUUAUAGAUUGGAUGAACUUUAAGAAAGGAGGAUCAAUUCCUAGAAGUAUAAGAAAAUUAAAAAAUAAUGAUGAUUCUUUAUCUAAAUUAGCAUACUUCAAUUAUUAAUUCAAUUGUCAUAGAUUCAGACAUAUACCUGAAUUAGAACUUAGUUAAAGAUUUGAAGAAAUGUAUAAUGAAGUUGAUUGUUAAUAAUGUGAUUAAUUGAUAUUAAUUGGAUAUCAAAUAGGAAUGAAUGAAAUUUAGUAUUUUCAUGAAAUAAUACCUGAAGUUGAAUUAACAAAUGAAGAUUAUUUACUUAUAGAAUAAUAAGCAAAUAAUGGAGAUCCAUAAGCAUAACUUAAUUAUGCAUAUCAAUUUUAUGCUGGUAAUGAUUAAUUGGGCAUAGAGAGGGAUGUAAAUCGUGCUAUGUAAAUUUUUGGAAAUAUGACCUAGAGUGGAGAAUCCUUACAUAAUUUAGCACUAUUAUAUGUAAUGAGAGGAGAUUAUUAAUAAGCUUAAAUAUUAUUAUAAUAAGCAAUAGAGAAUUUUUAGAUGCCAGAUUCAUAUAAUUUAUUAGGCUAUAUGUAUUUAUAAGGUCUUGGAGUUGAAUAAGAUUUUGCAAUGGCUUAAUCUCUCUUCUAAUAAGCAUUAGAUAGAGGAUUUCAUGCAGCUGCUGUUACAUUGGGAAUUAUGAAAUUGAAUUCAAAUGUAACUGAGGGGAUUGAAUUAUUGAUCAAUUAAACUGAAUAUAAUGCAAGAUGGGCAUUAAUUUAAACUUAUGUAAAUUAUUAAAAAAUUAUGGAUCAAAAAUUUGGAUGUUAAAAAUUCUUAAAUAUAACUAGAGAUUUUAUUAUGUAGAUUGUAUAUCCAGUUAUGGAAAAAGAAAAAAAAUUACCUAAUGAUCCCAAAUCUUAAUAUAUAAUGAAAUAAUUUUGGGCCUUUCUAGGAAUUAUUGAACCAAUAGAUUUAGAAGAAUAAGUUAUUUAUAAAAUAGCAGGAGCAGCAACAACCUUUGCUAAUGAUCUUACUGAUUAACAAUUAAAGAAAAAACUCUAUCAAUCAGAUCUUUAACCAGAAAGUUAUAUAUCACUCUCUUAGCUUGAAUUUUCAGAAGGAAAUUCAACAUAAGCAUAAUUUUGGAUUGAUUAAUUAAUUAAACAAUGUGUUUAAGGCAAUUAUGAAUAAGAUACAUUAUUUGUUGCUUAUGUGUGGAAAGCAUGGAUAACUUUAUUGAAUAUUUUUUAUUGA